UCUGCCUACCAGUCUGUCACAGACGGCAUGUACCAUGGGUUGCCACCACUGAGUAGCUCUCUGGUGAAGAGCAUUUUUGCUUCACAGCUCCGCCUGCCUCAGCCACUGGGUCCACAGAGCCUCCAGGCAUUCGUGUUGUUCCCUUGGAGAGCAUUUCUGGAAGAUGGAGGACCAUUUCCAGUUAUGAGUAGCAGACCAGAUACCCUGGAAUAUAAUAUGCAGCUGUGCUUCUGUAAUUUAAGUGGCCCCGACCUCAAGGUGGCUCAUGGAGAGCUGGUGGGCAUGCAACUGCUAAUGGAAGAUGUACUUUUGAGCCACUAUCAUUUGAUCAUGGAAAGUGCCCCAGGACAGCAAGCCACACUAGACAAAAAUACACAGCCAAAUUUGUCCAGAGCGCCAGGAUUCAGAGGUCUGUUCCAGAGCAGCCCAAAGGCCUCCAACCUUCUGGGAGGCCCAUGUGAUGAGGUGGUGUCCCUUGCUUUGCUGAGAUCAUUUCUGAUACUGUGGAAGCAGCUGGAAGUGCUGAAGGAGCACUGGGGUCAGUUUAAGCUGGGAGGCCAGGACAUCAAUUCUGUCUCUCUCCACAAACAGUUCUUGGAGCUCUAUGGAACUGACAUUCUCUACCCCAGCAUGAAAGCUAUAGCUAGGCAGAUGGGAAAAGAAGAUGAAUUUGAAGGACUUAUAAUAAGUAGUCAGUCUAUUCUUCCCCCAAAAGGAGCUUCAGAAAUUGAAAUAAAAACUCAGCAGCUUCAGAAGCUUCUGGAAAAUCUUGAAAUUCAUAUGAUCCAGGAGGUAUUAAGAAAAGUUAACAGAGAGAUAACACUGGUUUUGUCAGAAAAGUCCAAAGAGCAGCAGUGUACUCUACCGACAGACCUUUGGAAACACCGAGUCAUGAAAGAAAACUUUUCAGUUAUCAGACCACAAAUAGUUGAAAAUUUUAUACAGAGAUUAAUGGAGAAUUACCAGGACGGUGGACUAGAGAUCACUUUCAAAAAAGACCACCUUGAGGCCUGCCUCCUUUCCCUGGGUUGUGAUGUGAUGGCCAGAGAACGCAGCAACUUUGAGAGCUACUCCAUGUGUUACGAGCAUGUGCUGGAACAUGCUAGGCAGCAGCUCUGUCAGAAGGAGCAAGAAUUAGAUAUUUUACAAAGAAGUCAGCGUCCACCUGAAGACAAUGCUGGUCAGGUUGCAGAGCUCAGUCAUAAUAUGAUCAUGGAAAUUACUGCUCUGAGAGCCCGACUCACAGAUUUGGAAGAGGAGAAUCUGAACCUUCAAAAGCAGAUUAGAAAAGAAGUCCAAGAAGAAUAUGAAACUUUAGUCCAAGCUUUGUUUAUGACAUGUUUACAAAUAAAAGAGAAGCUGGAUGAGAAUCAGCUUAAUUUGAUCCAGAAAGUAUGCGAACUCAUCAGUGAAGUGAGAACAGAAGGGAUUGAUCAUGUGAAGGACCUGAAGAAAAAAUGGGGCUCUGCCAGACCUGAUGAAGGAACAAAAGAAAACCCAGCCAAAGAGCAGCUGCGGGACUUGGAACAGGACAACUGCAACCUGACCACCCUGGUGUGCAAAAUGAGGAGCCUGGGCCGCUGGAGGCUGGCUGUGCAGCAGGCUCGCUUCCAGGGCCAACUGGGCAGGGCCGAGAAGGAAGCUAUGAAAAAUAAAAAAGAGUGUUUGAGCAUCAAGCUAAUGGCAGAACAAGAAGUGGUUUUAUUUCGUCAACAGUUACAGGCUCUAAGGCAGGCCCUGGCCAGGGCUCAGGCCGACAACAUGAGGAUGCGCAAGCAGCGGGACAGCCAGGCUCAAUUGCUGAAAGAGUUAGAGCACAGAGUGACCCGGGAAGCUCUCCACCGGCAGCAGCUGGAUUUACUGAAAACCUCCAGCAUGGAGAAGCUCUUGGAAGAUGUGGAGCAAAGGGAACAGCACCUGCGGAUACUUACUGAAGAGGCUGAGAGGGCUUCUAAACUGGGCCAGCUUCAGAGGAAGAAAACUCAGAGAGAAGUCCAACAGAUGAGAAGCCGGCUUGCCCAGGAGCGCACCAUGAAGCUGGAUGCUUUCCAGCGUGUAGAAGAGCUACAAAGUCGGCUUGACGACGCUGUGAGAGCCUCUGUCCCGAUGAGCUCACCAGGCGGCCUUAUAUCCCGAGCUCAAUACUCCCUAAGUUCUGCUUCCAUAUCAUCCAGAUACUCCCAGCAACACCUUUUAAAGACUAAUCUUAUGGGCAAUAAAAUAGCAAGACGGAUUCAAAGGCCAAAGACUGUACCUAUUAAACACAAAAAAAGGACUAACGACGCCUUCCUACCCCAUGUGGCAGAAAAUGUUCAACUUUCUGCUUUUCAAGUUCAAACAGCUCCAUCCAGAAUCCCGUUCAGACCUGACUGGUAAUCAUAUAUCCUUUUCCAAGUUUUACUUCUAUCAGCAUUUAGAUAAAUAAAAAUAAUUCUAAACUCA